AUGGCUUUCCAGCAAGUUGAAACUACGCCUGUACCGGCUCAGUCCUCUCUAUCCUUUACACAAGGGUUUCUCCUGGGCCAGCUUUCUGUCGUACUGCUCAUCGGUGCCUUCAUCAAGUUCUUUAUUUUCGGCGAAGCACCACCACCGCCGUCCCGCGGCCUUCGAGCUUCUACCCAUCGACGCUCCAAUUCAAUUUUCUCCCAGGAUGCACCACCUCCCAGAUCACUAAGAGAAAAGCCCUCUACAUCCAAUGUCCUUCGGCCUGUCCCGUCGUCCGCGACGAAUACGCGGUCAAUCCUGCGGAAAACCUACUACAGCGCAAUCCCUCCCAACCCGUCGUCGAAACACCGCAUCCAUCAUUCUUCACAUCAACCCGAGUCGCUUGACUGGUUCAAUGUCUUGAUCGCGCAGACAAUUGCGCAGUAUAGGCAGACAGCAUAUCUCUUGAAAGACUCGCCCACAUCCUCCAUCCUCCAUUCUUUGACGGCAGCGCUGAAUAACCCGGAGAAGAAACCGUCCUUCAUCGAUAAGAUCGCAGUCACAGACAUAUCACUCGGUGAGGAAUUUCCGAUUUUCAGCAACUGCCGUAUCAUUGCCGUCGAUGACCCUAUGUCCGACGGCGGCAGACUUCAGGCCUUGCUAGAUGUUGACAUGAGUGACGACAACCUCUCUAUCGCAGUGGAAACCUCACUAGUCCUCAACUACCCGAAACCAUGCUCCGCAAUUCUACCUGUUGCCCUGUCCAUAUCUGUUGUGCGGUUCUCAGGGACCCUUUGCAUAUCGCUUGUCCCCGCUUCCACCCCACCGCUUCAUACUCCAUCACCUAUGCCGUCACCGCCAACAGCAGGAACACAAACAGCGGGAGCACAGCCGACAGAUGGUGGUGAUAUUCCGCUGAAGUCGUCACCCAAGAGCAAUAUCGCGUUCUCGUUCUUACCUGACUACCGUCUUGACCUGUCAGUCCGAUCGCUGAUUGGCUCGCGGAGUAGACUCCAGGAUGUACCCAAGAUUGCGCAACUGGUAGAAGCACGCGUUCACGCAUGGUUCGAAGAAAGAGUCGUCGAGCCGCGUGUACAAGUGGUAGGGCUACCGGACCUGUGGCCCCGCAUGGGCAGGACAGGUGUGCGAACAGGUGACGAGUCUGAAACUGGCUCUAACGCGGCCUCGCGAUCAGUCAUGUCUGACGAUCUAGGCGGUCCCAAUUCUCUUCGAAACGACGACGGUAACCAUGGGCCAGAAGCACUCCGGUUUCGGGGGUUAGGUUCACGGCCGCCUUUGCCGUUCGAUGCUGUAUCCCGAACAAGCAGUUACCAGGUUGAGACUGGUGGCGCUCGUAGUCCUAGCUUGACGCGCGAGCGGAGCCUAGGCGACGAUUUUCACAUGCCUGGUUCUAUGCCUGAUGCCCCAGGCGCUAAUUGA